AUGAAUAACAACCGGGUAUUAUACCGUCGAGGAGCUGCGGCAAAAACGACCGGAAUUUAUCAGGGAACGAGGAACUCUAUAUCACCGGCUGAGAGGGAAAAAUAUAGGCCUAGGAGUCCUCCUGAGCCCGAACACAAAAAAGUUAAAAAAGAAGAGAAAGACUGCCACGAACCCGUUUCCCCCCCGAAUGGAACAACUUCACCAAGAGAAAAUGGACUGGAUAAACUUGCACCUAAAAAAGAGCACGUUGGCCCUCAUAGUCCAAGGAGUGGCACGUCAUCAAAUGCAAGUACCCCAUCGACGAAAAAGAUGGAAGAGAAACCAACAACUCCCAUUUCCAAAUCUGUCACGCCAACAAGUGGAGGAAGCAGUGGGAGCGUUGCUGGAUCUGGAGCUAUUAAGCCAUCUUUAGUGAAACCGCCUUCACUUUCACAAUACCCGCACUACCUAGCUGGUGCAGGUCCUCACGAUCUACAAGCAGGUUACGGUGCCUUACAUAAUAAUCUCCCUCCAGCGCUGAACAGUUACCCAAGGCCUCCAAUGGUUGGCUACGAUCCUCAUUCACAGAUGAGGGCAUCCUUAGGUCCUAGCUUAGGUGCCAUUCCAGGCGGGAAACCAGCCUAUUCAUUCCAUGUUACUGCAGAGGGGCAAAUGCAGCCAGUUCCAUUCCCACCCGAUGCUCUUAUAGGCCCUGGGAUCCCAAGACAUGCUCGACAGAUUAAUACCCUGAGUCAUGGAGAGGUGGUCUGUGCAGUAACUAUUUCAAAUCCUACUAAAUACGUCUAUACAGGCGGUAAAGGGUGCGUCAAGGUUUGGGAUAUUAGCCAGCCUGGAUCAAAGAGCCCUGUUUCACAACUGGAUUGCCUGCAAAGGGAUAAUUAUAUAAGGUCAGUGAAACUGCUUCCUGAUGGAAGGACGUUGAUAGUAGGCGGAGAAGCAAACGGCAAUAUAGCUGUUUGGGAUUUACACAACCAAACUCUGGUUAGACAAUUCCAAGGGCACACAGAUGGUGCUUCAUGUAUUGAUAUCUCAGCCGAUGGUACAAAAUUAUGGACUGGAGGUCUCGAUAAUACAGUUAGAUCUUGGGAUCUUAGGGAAGGAAGGCAAUUGCAACAACACGACUUUUCAUCUCAAAGUAAAGAGUCUUCGUCAGUAUUGAGCUGUGAUAUAUCAGCUGAUGACAAGUAUAUUGUUACGGGUUCAGGCGAUAAGAAAGCGACUGUCUAUGAGGUAAUUUACUGACCUCGCUCUAAAUCGAAGAAAUGAUCGAGGCCGAUGAGCAGCGGGAGCGCCAGCAGUAGCUAGCAGCUUUCUGAAUCUCGAGGGUUCGCACUCUCACACUUUGUGAUCGUAUUAUCUCAUUCUCACUCAAAUGAGAAAGUGAUGUGUUCAGCGUUUGUACAGAUUUAAAAAAAAAAAUAAAGACUUCUAUAAAUUGUAUAUCAUCUGAGAAGGAUUAAAAAAGUGCCGCACGGGAAAUUUUAUAUUUUUGUUUUGAACUUUUUAUUUUAUUUUUGUUUAUAUGAAUAAGUUCACAUCGCGUGAACCGAUAUUUUCCCGGGCAACAAUAAAAAAAAGACUUUUUUUUUCUUUUUUUAGAGAGAGAAAAAUAAAAAAAAUUUAAGUGUCUACUUAAUAUAAAUGAUGUAUAAAUAGGCAUUAUAUAGAUUUUUGGCAAUAUUUCUCAUGUGUUAGAGUUUAUUGUUAUAUAUAAGCACUAAGAAUUUGUUUAUUAGCUUUGUACAUAUUUAUAGUUUUUAUUUGAUUAUUAUAAACUAGAAGGUGCUUAAGAUACAUUCUAUGAUGACAUAAAUUUUAUUUAUGCAUGCCCAUAGUAUCUCCAUUUUCUUUUAAUUUCCUUUUUUAUUAAUAAGGCAUGCAUAAAUAAACUUUAAUGUUAUGACAGAACAGAUUUUAAUUUAAAAGUGUUCUAUUUUGUUGUUGUUAACGAAGCUUGUUCUACAGGCUUGUCGAGAUAUCUUUUUAUGGAUCUGCAUCGUCUAGAGUUACAGAAUUAUCAAAAUGUACAAUUGAAACUUUCGAUACUAUAUUGUUUCAAGAUCCCACUUGUCCUUUUUUAAUUUUAUUUCUAUAAAUAUUGUUUACGGUCGAGAGCUUAAUAUUUGUAAGAAAACUAUCACAAUGCGUGAAAGUCAGCGAAAAAUUUUAUGUAAUUUUAUUGUACAAAACGUUGUUUUAUUUACAUGAUUCUGUACUUUAAAGAUUUUAUAAUUGUAUAUGAAUCCAGCUCAUGGCAUUAUGUUUUAUAUAAAUGAAAAUUUCUUUAUUUAUUUUAUUAAAAUAAAAUGUUUAAUAAUUUCAUUAUAAUUUAUAUUACUUUAAACUACAGAAUCAAAACUCCAUAUUCAUUAAAGUAAUGAGCAUUUACUCCAAAGAUUGGUAUAUUUCAUAUAGCAUAAUAAAAGUGCUUAAAGCCCUGAAAUUAAAAGUUUGAAACGGUUUGUUAAGACUGUAACUAUGAUCACGAAAGCAGAUUGCUAAUAUUAAGAGUAUAAAUGUCAACGUGAUGCCGAUAAAGUUAUAUUUUUGUGAAAUAUUUACAAUAAUAAUAAAACUACAGUCAGAAAUCAGGGAUUUUUUUACAGGCGCUACAUAUUGUCUCUAUUUUGUAUUCUAUGGUCAUUAUUUCAAUGUUUUUUUAUAAAUGUCUUACCACUGACAUCAUUAUUAUAUUAGUAUUUAAUUCUCAUAUUGUCCUGUUAUUUGUUGAUAGAGUUUUCUUCAAACUUUUACAUUAAAGAGCAGUAUCUUUAAUUGUAUUUAUUUACCUCUUUUU